AUGGCAGAUCAGUCCCUAUUUUCACGUGUCCCAAGCACGGUUCCAUAUCGUUCAUUUCGACUGAAAGACCCCAAAUUUAGUUCCCUACAGCAAAGGCGAAGACAAGUUUGUUCAAUAAAACCAGACCUCCAGGUGCUUUCUUCUUCACUUAUCUGUACUUCGAUGACCCUCCAACCUCCUCCAGUUACUUCCUUCCGCACAAAGAACUCCAGAUGUACCAGCUGUUCCCAUCCACAGAAAUCCUUAAAAUAUCCAACCCGGUCUUCUCAUCCGAGGACUAAUCAGAUAACCAGUUUUAGCCGAAAAUCUGCGUAUACUCCCCCUUUACCCUCGCCUGUUGAAAACGCUCCUCAGUCUCCUCCACCUGCGAAUUGUACUCCUUCGCGAUUAAAAAUAAAGAAUUCUUUACUGCCAUCAGCCUUAAGCCUCAGUAAAGAAAAAGAGAAUCUCGUCAUUGAAUCCCCACCUUCCCGAAUCUCUGACUCCUUCUCUCCACUAACAACAAGUUUUGGAACACCUGUUGGUAUUCCGGCACUUUCUUCAGAGAGUGAAAAAAAAGCAGCUGAAUCCCCAACAAGUCCGUGUAAAUCAAUAUUAAAGAGACCGACAAGAGAGAUGAAGGAGAGAUUAGUCACAGCUCCCGGUGUGAGUGGACGAAUCGGCAUCCCUGUGGCUGUGUGCUUCAGUCAAUCGCUCUCCGCAACUUCUCAAAAGGAGGUUCGUUUCGACGUGGAGCGUAACUCUCUGCACACCUAUGAAAGAGAUGUAUUUGUGUUACGGACUCUUGCUCCUAGCUGUGGAAUGAAUGCAAUAAUCAUCUGCCUAUUAGUUUUUAUUUUCCUUCGUCAAGCCUAUGGGUUUGUUCCCGCCGUCGAGUUUGACUUGUCAAAGGACUCCAACAAUGUCUACGUUGGACAGCUUUACAAACACGAAUCUAUCGUGAAGCUCUCACCACCUUUGAGAGCGUUUACCAAUUCUGAAAUCAGUCGUUCAAAUAAAAUCUGCGGAUUUCAUCGCAUCGUGAAAGACGAUUAUCAGUUGCCUUUUGAUGUGGAUUUAAAGGAUACUAAUCUGGGUACCGGAGAGAUCCGCGUUCGCAAUAAUGCUCCAGUGGAUUUUACUCAGAAUCGAAUGUAUACCUUUCAAAUUGAAGCUUAUGAUUGUGAUUCUCCUCCAAACUACUCUGAAAGGUUAUUUGAUUUGUUCUGUUGA